UUUGGAUUUUGGCCACGUCUUUUCGAACGAAACCCUAGGUGAUUGAGUAGUAAAAAUCUAGGUGCUUGUAAUUUGUAAAGCUUUUUUAUCUUAAUGAUUAUAUGGUGAAAUACAUAACAAGAUUUUUGUUAUGAUUAAUCAAUUAAUUAUUGAUACAGUAGAUGUUUAGAGCCCUUAAAAUGCCUGCCAAGAGACUAGAGUCAGCAACUUGUGGCCAAUUCCAUGAAGAAAACUAGUGAUUGGAUUCUCUCCCAUGAGAUCCCAAGUGAUGUUACAGUUCACAUUGGAGGUGCUUCUUUUUCAUUACACAAGUUUCCAUUGGUGUCAAAGUGUGGUUACAUAAGAAAAAUAUUAUCAAACCACAAAGAUUCUAAUAUUUUAGUAAUUGAAAUCCCUGAUGUCCCUGGAGGCCCUGAAGGAUUUGAACUUGCAGCAAAGUUUUGUUAUGGAAUAAAUUAUGAAUUUUCAACAAAAAACAUAUCCUUAGUGAGAUGUGUUUCGGAGUUUCUUGAAAUGACAGAAGAUUAUGCAAUUGGAAACCUUGUAAAGAGAUCCGAAGCCUAUUUAAAUGAAGUAGCACUUAAAACAUUAAGUGGUGCUAUUACCAUUUUGCAAUCAUCAAUAAAUUUGUUACCAAUGGCUGAAAAGGUGAAGUUAAUUACUCGGUGUAUUGAUACUAUUGCAUAUAUAGUGACCAAAGAAAGUGAGUUUUGCUUGGGUGAUUUGGCUUCCUCUUCAUCAAAUCUGAAAGCUAUAGUUGAUUGGAGGGCUGAAGAUUUAAUUGUUCUUAGAAUAGAUGUAUUUCAAAGGGUUCUUCUUGCAAUGAUAUCAAGGGGAUUUAAACAAUAUGCACUUGGUCCGAUUCUAAUGCUCUAUGCUCAGAAAUGUCUUCAAGGUUUGGAGGCUCUCGGAAAGGAGAAGAAAAAAAUCGACUCAAAACAAGAACACGAAAUGAGGAUAGUUCUAGAAACAAUAGUAAGCCUCCUACCAAGAGAAAGAAACACAAUUUCGGUCAGCUCUCUUUCAAUGUUACUUCGGGCAGCCAUAUACCUUGAAACAACAAUGGCAUGUAAGCUAGACUUAGAAAAACGAAUGGGCUUACAACUCGGGCAGGCAGUCUUGGAUGACAUACUAAUUCCAUCUUUUAAUUUUGAUGGUGACAUAUUGUUUGAUGUGGAUACUGUCCAAAGAAUCAUGAUGAAUUACCUUGAAUAUGAAUUAGAAUCUACAAAUAUCCAAGAAAAUGACAUGGAAAAAGUUGGAAAAUUAAUGGAAAGUUAUCUUGCUGAAAUAGCUUCUGAUAGGAAUUUAUCACUGUCCAAAUUUAUGGAUUUUGCUGAACAUGUUCCAGAACAAGCUAAGGUAUCAGAUGAUGGAAUUUAUAGAGCCAUUGAUAUUUACUUGAAGUCUCAUCCAACGUUAAGUGAUAUGGAAAGAAAGAAAGUUUGCAGCUUGAUGGACUGUGAAAAGCUUUCACGUGAAGCAUGUGCACAUGCUGCCCAAAAUGAUAGGCUUCCAGUGCAAACUGUGGUUCAGGUUCUUUUCUCUGAACAACAACGGUUAAGAGGCACCAUGGGUGGUGAUGGCCUAAUAACAGUUGAACCCACCACCAACAAGCCAUCAUCUCAUGAGCUUUCAUGGCUGAUAAAAGAAAACCAGGACCUGAAAUUUGAGCUUUUAAAUAUGAAAAUAAAGUUGAAAGAAGUGGAAAGAUGGACUAGUGAUCGCGAGAAAACUGGAGUCAGCAGCCCGGGUCGUGCUACUCGUUAUUCUGCUGAUAAGCCACUAUUUCCUCGGAAAUCGUUUUUAAAUUCUGUAUCGAAAAAGUUGGGGAAGGUUAUGCCGCUUCUACGUGUUGAUGGGGUUGUACCUAUGAGUACAAGAGGCAGGAAUAAACCAAGUAAAGACCGAAGACAUUCAAUGUCUUGAUUCGUUUGGCAAGGGGAUUCUCGAUUCCAUGCAUGCGUUUGAUAUAUUUGUGUGAUAUUUCUUUAAAGUUUGUGUGUAUCAUUAUAGUAUUUCUUUAAAGUUUGUGUGUAUCAUUAUAAUCAUAUUAGAUAUAUGCGAGUCAAAUUUGAUGAAUAAUAUGCAUAUUUUAAGUGUA